CUUAAUUCGAAUUUCAUCUGAAUGGUGCAAUCAGGGCUUGGCAUAAGCUUAUCCAUGACUUUGAAUUUGGCAGAUAUUUUUAAGAGAUUUAAAUAAUCAGCUGAUUAGAGAUGAAGUCAAGAAAAUAGCUUGAGGUGAUAGAAAUUAUGAAGAUAUGCAUGGGACUAAGAGAAGAUAUCCAAAGGCAACCUGAAAGUUCAGGUUUGUGCAAGUUUUGGUUGCUUUCCUUUGGGUAGUGGUGAGGCUUGUUGGGGGUAGAGAAGUGGCAAGAUAUGAAGUUAAUGGGCUUGAGAUUGUUAGCAGAGAGGAGGGGCAGCCGAAGUUGAUUUUGCCAGGAAAUUUUUAUAAAGGAAUCCAAGCUCAGAGGUACCUUCAGUUUGAUGAUUAUUUUGAUUUGCAGAGUGAUGAUAACCUCUAUGUUGAAAUCUUAUCGUAUCCUUGCAAUCAAGAAGUUAUCCAAACGGAAGCUCACCAACAAAGCCAACUUUUUAACAAUAGCAAAGGAGCAGACCCCUUCUUACCUAAUUAUUCAAAUAAGUUCCUGGAGAAUAAGAAAAGCUGGAACUCGGAGGAUCAGAGUAAUAACUUAUUUAUGAGCAAAACUGUAAUAGACUGCCAAAAUGAUAAGCAAGUGUGUAGCUUAGGAAGACCUAGCUAUUCCUCAUCCCAAUCUCAAGCUUUAAGUGGCUAUGCAAACCUGACUCUUCCUCCUGGUAUUGUGCUUGCACUUUGCAAUACCACUUGUUUGGAGGAUGAAAUUUGAACUUCAAGUCAUAAUCAAAGUAUUGUCAGAAGCUUAAUUAUCUAUUCGAACAGUCUCCCUCAUCGAGCUCUUGGAACUUGAGGUAACUCUCUAGAGGAAGAUGGAGAAGAAUGAGAUAUAGGGCCUUAUAGUUAUGGUGGUUGCUCUACUACCUGUGCUGUCAAUCCUGGGUAUAGUUGAGAAAAGUAUUAUGACGAAGGAUCCAAGUGAAAAUCUAUUAAAGGAGAUGGACUCAGAGUUGUAGAUGAACAAUGAGAUGAUGGUAAUACGAGUAAUGGAGAUGGUUGAAAUGAGGAUAUGAGAGUUGAGAUAGGGUACUCUUGUGUCAAUGGAAGUGAUACUACUCAGGAUGUGUGUAGUACGCAAUGUGGAAAUGGAGGAUCAACUUGAUAUGAUGGAAACACUGACGAUGGAGAUGGCUGAUCAAGUUCAUGCCAAGUAGAGGCAGGGUACCUUUGACUCACAAUAUUUAGUUCUUGGGGGUUUGGUUGACGCUCUGUUUGUAAUGAUGGAAUUGUUGUAGGAAAUGAAGUUUGAGAUGGAGGCUCAGAUACUUAUUUUGAACCAUGACCAAUCUGUACUUAUGUAACUCCUGGAUAUGAGUGCUCAGGAGGAUCUCCCACUUCUAAAUCUGUUUGUAAUACUAUCUGUGGAGAUGGAGGUCGAACUUAUUGGGAGCAAUGAGAUGACGGUAACUUAAUUCCAGGUGAUGGCUGAGAUGAACACUGUAAUGUUGAAUUUGGUUAUAAAUGCGAUGGAGGAACCCACCCGCUAGUGAACUCUCCUGGUUCACCUGAUUCUUGAUAUAUUCCCUGUGGAGAUGGCAUUUUGUACGGAACAGAGGAAUGAGAUGAUGGCAAUGAGAGCUCUGGGGACGGAUGAUCCUCUUCAUGAAUAGUUGAGCCAGGAUAUCAAUGAACUAGAGAAAACUCUACAACUCCUGAUGUAUGACUUCUUAUUUGUGGAGAUGGGAAGAAAAUGAGCGGAGAAGCAUGAGAUGAUGGAAACACUCAGGACGGAGACGGCUGAAAUUCCCAAUGCACAGCUAUUGAAUAUAACUAUCAAUGAUCGGGAGGUACACCCUCAUCGUCUGACAAAUGAGAGGUAAUAUGAGGAGAUGGAAUCUUUCCUACAAAUUUAAAUCCUACUCUUUACUGUGACGAUGGAAAUACCGACAAUGGUGAUGGAUGUAAUGAUAAAUGAGAGGUUGAGAAAAAUUGGAUAUGUACUGGAGGUGAUCUAACAUCUCCUUCGGUCUGAAAUUUAUGAGAGCUAGAUUUCUGAGAAACUUGACAAGACCAAGACCAUACUAAAUGAGCUAAAUGCCAGCAAAAAUAUAGACUCGAUGCAAACUUAUUAUGUGAAAAAACUCCUGAAAUUUUUAUGUCUCCUCAAGCACAACAAGUCGCUUCUUCUGCACAAUAUGCUUCAUUAGGAGCUGGUACAACUUCAGUACUAUCUUCAAUUCUGAAGUUUAACUCUCCUGUUGCAAUAUGGGCAAUGAUUAAUCAGGUUCAGCUAACAAGUUUGGUAACUUUGACAAGAAUUCAUAUUCCCGAUGAUCCCAAAGGAAUGCUUCUAGGAGAAGGGUCAGGAUUGCCAUUUUCUCCAUUAUCUCUGGAUAUCAAAAGUCUUCCCUUGUCAAAUGAUCUCUAUGAUCUCCUGAACAUUAAUCAAAGUGUUGUUGAACUAGAAGCAAUCGGGAUGGAAUCAGAAAGCUCUUUAAUAAACAAUCUUGGCCUUAUCUUUACUCUAUUGCUGUUCUUCAUUCUUCAUAUGAUGCUUCUCUGUUUUCCGAAAUGAAAGCCUAGGAGUAGAGAACAAAAGUGAAGAAGGUUCUUUUACAAGUGCAUCACUGGGAUACUCUCUAUAUUUGCAUUUACCAUAUAUAUCAGAACUUUCUUAGAAGCCUUUCAAUACUGACUUCUAGCUGCCUUUUCUUCUGUUAUGAGUGUAGGCUUCAAAAUUUUUACUCAGGAAGCAGGGUUGAAGGAGAUCAUGUCAGUAGGCUUCGCAGUCUUGUUGUUUUUCCUAUGCUGAGUCUUUUUCCAAAUGUCCUGGUAUAUUGCUUAUAAGGCUAAUAGUAAGAGGGAAAAAGAGUCAAAGAAAUGGAGAGAGUUCUUAGUUGGAGUCAAAGAGACUAAGUUAGCUAGGAUGUAUUCUUUCUUUGCACUGCUUAGAAGAUUAUUGUUCUGAGCCCUUGUGACGUUUUGUGUAUCUCUUGGGUUCCAGGUACUUAUUAUAGGGUUCAUUGUGAUUCAGCUUCCAUAUCUUUGCUUUAUUGUUGUUAUUAGACCAUUCAAAGAUGCUCAAAAUAAUUUAAUGGAAGUUAUUAAUGAAGCUUUUCUCAGUAUAAUAAUCUCUUACUUUUGAUUUAUUAACACUCCUGAAAAAUGGACAGACUCACUCACUAAAAUCUUCCUCUACCUCUUCUUAGGUCACAUAUUAGUGAUUUCUCUGAUUCCUUUAAGUAAGUUUACCCUCACCUGUAGUAAACUGCCUAAUCACCUGCUGAAAAAUGCUCAAAAAGACCCUCUGCAAAUCCUCUAACACAGUACACUCUCUCUCAACUUCUAGAACCCUUCAAAACUGCAAUACCCUAAGCACUCGAAUAUGACUCCCAUCAAUAUGUCCAGACAGCUUGCAAGCAAUAACACAAUAGUGUCAACCCCAGUGUCGGUGACUCUUUCCAAAACUCCUGUGCUCAAACGUAUUGGGCAGAAUAAGCCUCCUCAGAAGUAGAGAGGUUCUAAUUGAUC